GUUGCCCCCCCUGCUCCUUCAGCUGUCAAAAAUGGAGGAGUUACAGCUGUCAGAAACUUUACAACGAUAUUUUUCCGACGUUUUUCUUUGUUGCGACGAGGAAAAAUCCGGAAGCGCCUCCCUGACCAAAACCGUCGAAUUAAUCAAGUCUGGCAACGUGCCCGAAGACAUCAUAUCCCAAAUUUCAGAGAUCUGUUGGGGCCAAAACACGACCAGUUUGUCUAGAAAGCAAUUUUUUUCCGCUUUGAAAUUAGUCGCGGCCUAUCAGGCGAACAUGCCCAUAAAUGCCGACGUAGUCACUUCCAAUUUGGAGCUGCCUUUGCCGAGGUUUACUUGGAAUAAUCUGGAGAGUGAUUCACAAGUUCCUGAUUUAAUCGAACUGAGAAACGAUGCCAAUUAUGUUGACCAAAUCGAUGCGAACAGCACCGAUUCGGAAGUUGAUAGUGAUACGCUUAGUAUAGUUAGGAAUGGAUCGCCUGAAAUUUCCAGUACGGCGUCUGAUAGCCCUACACCAACGAAUAGUGUCCAGGAUAGGAGUUGGGCAAUCGGGGGGGCUUGGCAGGGGUUGGUUUCAGAAGAACAAAGACAGCUUUUGGGUACGGAGGAAGAGUCCAGCGACCGCCAUAGCAGCGAAGAAGACACAGAAGUCAGCUCCGAAAUCUGGACGAUCAAUCCCGAACAACGCGAUUAUUACACGAAACAAUUCCGCUCCCUCCAACCGGACACCAACGCCUUACUUGCCGGUCCCGUUGCUCGCAUGUUUUUCGAAAAAUCCCGCCUUCCAGUUCACGAACUCCGCAAAAUCUGGCAGCUGGCCGACGUGACCAAAGACGGCGCCCUCAGCCUCCAGGAAUUCAACACGGCGAUGCAUCUAGUCGUCCUCCGACGCAACCACAUCGAACUCCCUGACAUCCUUCCUCCCACUCUCAUCCCAGGCAAUGAAACCCCCCUCUCCGUUAGCCCCGAGACCGAACCAAUGCUCUCCCCCCAGACGAAAGACACCGCCAAAGAAUGGACGAAAUUCGUCGACAGUCCGACGAGUUCGGUGAGCUCGCCCGGCCCCAAACCGGUUAAUUUCGAUUUCCAAAAAAUCACACUCGAUAAAGACUCGAAAAUCCUGCAUCCGGUCCCUUUGAGAAUCACUCCAGAGUGCCCUAUGGCGCCCCCUGGCGAAGACUCUGUCGACAAUGCUGAAGCGCACAGUCCCAAGAAAUUCACCGAUAAUAGCGCCAUCCAACGGCCACAGCCGAAAAAAAUCAGCAUACCGGGUCCAGGUGCCAUCCCUCCACCCCCCACCACUCAAACGGGUGAUGAAGGUCCAGUGAGUCUCCCCGUGUUUCCCCCGCCUAAAAAAGAAAAACCUCCUCCGCCUCCGCCCAGACCGUUCAAAAGUCACGGUCGAAGCUCCUCCCUCGAUUUGAAUAGGUUGAGUAAGUUGGGGGCUCCGCCCACAAUCCCGCCCAGAGUUAGUCCCAAUAUCCAAUCGAAGAAAUUGAUUAAUCAGAGAUCAGAAGGGGAUGCCUUUGCCAAUUUUGAUAGUUUCGAAAAGUAUGAAAAUGUGGACGAGGGGAUUUUUCCGGGUGAUUUGUAUGAAGCAGAGAGAAAGAAAAUUUUUGCAAGGUUUACGGAAUUGCCGAGGAAACACGGAGCGUUUGAAGUGUAUAGAAAACCGGCGAAAAAUCAAGACGGCGGCGACGAGAAGGCCAAAUGGGAGUUGUUUCAGAUGUUACAGGAGGAGAAUACGGUGCUGUUGAGGAUCUGCCAGGAAUUGAGUCAGGAAUUGGCCGAUAUUCGAGAGGAGAAAAUGACGCUUAAGUUGAGAUUAGAGAAGCAAAUGAGUUUGGGAUAGUUGGGAUGAAUCAAAAGAAUGUUAUUUAAGUUGAAUCUCCAGGUAUUAUUAAGGCCGACAGUGCCAUAAACUGCCUAAAUUGUUCAAUUAAGUUUAUCAUUGAGUGAAAGAAUAUUUUUUUAAUAUGACGUUAUCAAAUCAAAUUUGAAAAUCUUAUGUAUGUUGGUCAGAAUUUAGGUUGUUUAUAUUAUAUAUGGCUCUAUUGCAGCAAAGUCUUAUAUUUUUUCGUGUAGCUAUAGGAAGACUGUAUUUUAAGAUUAAAUAAAUACUUGAAAA